AAAUUGCUUAGAGAGAGGUAAAAAAAAACAUUUUAACAUCAAUCUGUGAAAUAUUGUUCUGCUCUGCAUCUGUUCAAGUUUACUUGUUUUCAACAAUGUGUUUCAGAAGGUCACAGUUGUUAAAACUGAUUCUGGCCACUACCUUCAAGUAGGGCAAGUUCAGUCAAUUUCCUUUUUAAAAUUUACAACUACCUAGUGCUAAUCAGAUUUGGAAAAAUGUAUACGAAUGAGAUAUAUAUAUAUGAAAGUGAAAAUGAAGUCCUUAAUGGAUGUCAGAGAAACGAAACAGUACACCGUUGUGUGUUUUGUGACGUGCACCGGGCAUGCUGGGAGCUGUAGUUUUGUGCAAGCUGGCGCUCUCAUUGGUCCUUUACGGCCUCGCGACAUCAGUAUGAGUGAUAUGUUGUUAGGGUAGAAAUGCUGAUGUACUGAUCUAGAGUCAGAUUGCGUACAGGUAGUAAAUUUCACGGCGUAGUUAUACAGAUCCAGGGUCAGAACCAGUCUAGCAUGACACACGCAGGCGCAAAUAUGGUACAGUUGAAGUUACCUUAUUGACAGUCGGAUUCGGUAUGGGUUGUAAAAAAAAUAAUACUGAUUAUACGAUUGUCAUUGAGUCAUUUUAGGAGCUCAAGAAGACCCGUCUUUCCUUUGUAAUCUCGCUGAAGUUAAGGUGUUUAUUAAGUCUGUUAGGUAGUAGCGUUACGCAAUUAUAUAUUUUUGCUAGGAGACAGUUGUCUUCAUUUGUCGCUGGGGGAAAUGGCUGAAUUGUUUUGUAAGUUAAAUGCUUUAAAGUUAGGUUUUCAAGCUGUGAAAUCCGGCGGAUCCUUGUUUCCUUGGAGAUGUAUGCCUUUGGGAACUCAUCGCCGCUAUAUCAACAACCAAACCUCGUUUGGGUUGUUGUUUGACAUUGACGGGGUUCUAGCCCGUGGUCGGACACCGAUUCCUGCCGCCAAGCAGUGUUUCAGGAACCUGGUGGACAGGAAUGGGAAGUACCGGGUCCCGGUGGUCUUUGUGACUAAUGCCGGGAACUGCAUGCGGCAGGCCAAGGCUGAACAGCUGUCCCACAUGUUGGAAGUUGAGGUGUCUCCGGACCAGGUGAUACUCUCUCACAGUCCCUUACGGAUCUUCAAUAAGUACCACAGCAUGCACGUGCUGGUAUCGGGACAGGGCCCAAUCGUGGAAGUGGCCCAAAAUAUGGGCUUCCAAAACGUGGUGACUGUGGAUAUGUUGAGGGAAGCCUACCCUCUCCUGGAUAUGGUUGACCACAAUCGCAGACCGAAGGGCGCAAUACCUCCAUCUAAAGACCUACCUCCCAUUGAAGCUGUGAUCCUUUUUGGGGAGCCAAUCCGAUGGGAGACCAACCUGCAGCUGAUUGUGGAUGUUCUCCUGACCCACGGGAAGCCGGGGAACACUGUGGGAUCACUGCAGUACCCUCACAUCCCGAUACUGGCCUGCAACAUGGACCUCCUGUGGAUGGCCGAAGCCAGGAACCCCAGGUUUGGUCACGGCAUGUUCUUGGUGUGCCUGGAGAACAUCUACAAGAAGAUCACAGGGUGUGAGCUGAAGUAUGAGGCCCUUAUUGGCAAACCUAGUCUGGUCACAUACAACUAUGCGGAGCUACUGAUUCGGCAGGAGGCUGAGAAGCUGGGCUGGACAGAACCCGUGGAACGGCUCUAUGCCAUAGGUGACAAUCCAAUGGCAGACAUCUACGGAGCUAACCUGUACAACCGCUUCCUGCAGGAGUCGCGUGAAGCCCAGACAAAAGCUAAAGUUAAGGGCAGCGUGGUGGGCGGGGCCAAGCUAGGGGGCUCGCAAGGAGGACAGCACCUUCCGGAAAGCUGUCGCUCCAUCUUGGUGUGCACCGGCGUCUACAGCCGUGAGCAGCAGGAUCUCCCGCCCGACCCGCUGCAGGCUGUCACAGAGCGCGUCUUCCAUGGCCACCGUGACUUCCGCUUCGACCCCAGCCUGGCAGAUCCUUCCUUUGUGGUUCAGGACGUCCAAGAAGCCGUGGAGCUCAUCUUCAAGCAGGAAGGCUGUCAAUUGGAAUAGGGCCUCCGCAGUGGCGACCCCUAGUGGUGACCUGUCGCCUCCAGGGAAGCCUGCCCUGGGCAUUAACAUUCCAUCAUUGGAUGGAGGCUUCAAUCUGAAGCAUCCUGAUAGUCACCUCAGCCAAGCGUGUGUAUAAAAUAAAAGGUCUUCAAAACGGAGACCAUAGAUGAGGAAUUGUUUAGAUACAGGGGACACACACAGAUCACCAUGUUUUCGGUGUAAAAGAAGUCCAUUUGCGUUCUACAUCAGGAUAAUUUGUGUUUUAAUUAACAUUUUACAUCUCGUUUUAUUACUAGAGCUUUUAUAAGUGUUGAGGUACCAUAAAACUACCAGCUGUUUUGCGUGCCUGAUGUACUUUUUACAAAGCUGUGUUUCACUGAUGGAAUGCUCACCUUUUAAUGUUUAUGGUUGGAUUUUUACCCCUCCAAACGGUUUUAUAAAAAAAAAAAAGAACCUGUUUGAAAAA